CCAUGAUGGGUGUGGGCAGUCCUUCCCAGGCCCCCGUGGGGUGGGGGUUCCCCCCGCCCCCCCCCCCGGCCGGACUGGGGUGGUGCUGCAGGGGCGCCAUGUCCUCCCUGCAGCCUGCUGCCACAGCUGCCAUGGCCCAGAGAAACAGAGGUGCUGCCCCCAAAACCAGCCACCCCAAAAAGCCUGUGGAGGAACCAGCAGCAAAGGGCCCUGACGUGGACUCGCUGGGCUUCCAGGCCAUGGACCGCAACGUGCCGGGGCUGUCCCACGUCAUCCUCCAGAAGCUCAACAUGAAGAGCUACGAGGACUACAAGUCUGCUAUGGACGGGAGGAAGAGUGGCAGCGAUUUUGGCAUCCGGACUUACUUCGACAUGUUCCAGAAGAUGGAGGACACCUUCAAGUUUUGCGCUGAGUGCAAGAAGCUCCCUGAUGCCCUCCCUGACCCCAAAAGCCUCCGGCGAUGCAAGAGGUGCCAGAACGUGUACUACUGCGGCUUGGCGUGCCAGCGUGCCAACUGGCCGCUGCACAAGAAGUUCUGCAAGAAGCUGAAGCUAGUGGCCCUGGAUCGGCUGGUGGAGUGGCUCAUCUUCACAGGAGACAUCCCCUUCCCCACAGAGACCUGGACAAAACCCACCCGGGAUGUGAAGGGCUGGGAGGACUGGUUCUCCAUGCAGGGGCAGCUGGAGGAGAAGCUGGGCACUAUCCUGGCUGGGCGGUACAUGACCCUCCUCUGGGCCAAUGCGGGGAAGCCUCGGCCGGAGGAUGAGGAGCUGCGUGAAUCCGUCCGGCGGUUGGUCACUGACUUCCACUCGCGGCCGCUCACCAUUGGCUUGGGGCUGCGGCUUUUCGGUAUUGACCCCCUCGCCAAGCCCCUCACUGUGCACGUGGUGGGGGCAUCCCAUGUUGAGACCCUCAACGCCCGGCUGACGGACUACGACGAGCUGACGCGGAUGUUCCCGGGGCACUGGGGCAUGGAGGUGGUGAUGGUGGGGGUGGAUGUGGUGGAUGGACCCAUCAUGAGGCCACCCCUGGCUGUGCCAGCACCCCAGGGAAGGGUCUAUCUCAGCAGCUACAAGGGGCUGUACCACGACUUCUGGGAAAGCCAUGUGGAGACCAAGCUGGCCACCCGCCCUGAUCUGGUGGUGGGCUUUCACCCAGGUUUCCAUGCCUGCCCGGACCUGCUGGCAGGCUGGCUGCCCACACUGCUGCUGCUGCGGGACUACCGCCUGCCUGUCCUCUUCACCGUCUACAGCGAGCAGGAGCUGAAGUCCUCCCUGCAGAUCCUGGUGGAGCUCGAGACACACAUCAUUGGCUAUGCUGCCAACCCCUUUGCCUCGCUCCGGCCUGAGCAAGUCUACUCCAGCCCCAACAAGGCACCAGUCUACUGCAGCUCCUACUACAUUACCCUGCUGGGGCCGGCAGCAUCAGCUGUGCCGGGUGCUGAGGAGCUGGAAGACAGCGAGGGCUGGCAGGGAGGGGAGCCCAGUGCCACCAGUGCAGCUGGGGACAUCGUCCCAGGGCUGGGCUGACCUCCCCCUACAGCCAGUGUCGUCCUGCCUGCCCUGCCAACCCGACCCUCAGCCCCCCACUGCCCCAUCCCAGAACCCUAUCUCCCAUCCCAGGAUCACAGAAUCACAGAGUGGCAGGGGUUGGAAGGGACCUCU